UUAUAUGAACUCUCGCGAGAACUUGUUUGUGCGACGCAAUGUGGUGACGCCAAUGUUGCCAUAGUUACAGAGUACACUUACUUCCUUGCCGAUUUACUUAUUACACGAUUUAUUAUGUCAGUGCAGUUAAUGUAGCAGUUCUGUAGCAGGUUAUAUAAGCUACUAGAGUUACUAUCACUUUGUGUUGUGGUGUAUAAUACUUUAACUGUUCAAAGUAACGUGAUUUAGGGGCGGGGCUAAUUUGGCGCAACUUGCAGCGCGGGAAAUUCGUUUUUAAAUAGCAAGAGCGCCAAGAAACUGGAACAGAAGCGUCAGAGGAUUUUAGCUGUGCAGUAGUGUCUCCAAUAGUUAGCUUUUAGUUCGUAAAAAUCGUUUUUUAACUGUGCAAACUCUGCCAACAUGCCUGUCCUGGAAUUCACAGACGCAUCUGCAAUCUCUCCAUCAAAGAGAGCAAGGACAGAGACAAAGCCUGCAGAAGACAGACCUGUCCUCAAGUUUGCUAAACUGUCUGAGCAUGCCACGACACCUACCAGAGGAUCCACUAAAGCUGCGGGAUAUGAUUUGUACAGUGCAUAUGAUUACACCAUUGGUCCUAUGGACAAGGCCGUUGUGAAGACAGACAUCCAGAUUGCAGUCCCACAUGGCUGCUACGGAAGAGUUGCACCAAGAUCUGGACUGGCAGCAAAACACUUCAUUGAUGUUGGUGCUGGGGUUGUAGAUGAAGACUACAGAGGGAAUGUGGGAGUUGUGCUCUUCAACUUCAGCAAGGAGACAUUUGAUGUGAAAAAGGGCGACAGAGUUGCGCAGCUGGUGUGUGAGAGAAUCUGUUACCCAGAACUGGAGGAGCAAAAGACACUCGAUGAGACGGAGCGUGGAGACGGAGGCUUUGGAUCAACCGGACGCAACUGAAAGCAAUAAAUAUAUGUUAGAUGUAUAUGUUAAAUAAAGUUUGUGGGUUUGUA